AAACACCCACUCCCCCGCCCCGGCACGGGCACCCAGCUCACCCGCACAAAUCCCACCGUCUCCACCCACAAACCAAUCCACGGGAUACUUCUUCCUUCCCACUGACGCUUCCCCCCGGUCAUCAAAGAAAAGCAGACGUGAGGAUGAGCACGAUGGCGAUGUCGGCGCUGAACCCGGACGCGCCCAUGUUCAUCCCGGCGGCGUUCCGGCGGGUGGAGGACUACUCGCCCGAGUGGUACGAGCUCGUCAAGACCACCGCAUGGUUCCGCGACCACUGGUACCGCCAGCAGCAGCUCUACGGCGAGGACGACCAGGACGUGGAGGACGUCGCCGCGCUCCUCCCCGACGACUCCGUCGACCUGCUCGACGCGCAGGACCUCUUCUACUCCCCGCCCUCGCCCCACCACCAGGCACAGCUCGACUUCCACCAAUACAACAAACAAGCAGGCUUCGGUGGCGACAUGGACGCCGUGCUGAGAACCCUCAGCCUCAACUCGCCCAGGAGCGGCGUCCCCAGCGCAGCGGCGCCAGCUUGGUCGCCCAGGCAGGCCGAGAAGCCGGUGCAGCACUUCGGCGCCAGGGCCGGCGGCGGUGGCGCCCGACGCGCCAUCCACCAGCCUCGCUAGACGACCCGCCCUCCGCUGCUGCUGCUGUGUAGUGUAACCUUCAGUUCAGUUCAGUUUCAGUUCAGUCUAGCCUCUCCCCCUUCUGUGUAUACAGCUAAAAAAGUGCAAAGGGGAAACAACCUGCAGGCACCCCCUGCUAGCUAGUGCUUCCCCUUUGCUUGUAGCUUCUCCCCUCCCGCCUGUUCACAAACGUGUCUCAAGAAAAGCAAAAAAGGCUUCCUUUGUGAUCU